UAUAAAAUACAAGUGUAGAUACCACAGAGAUCCAGUUUAUACAGCAACAUGAUCGGAACAAGAAGCAUGAGGUCUCUUCUCACUCUUUGGAUAAUUCUGAUCCAAAAUACAGAAUCUUUUGCGCAGUUUAAGACGGGUUUUAUGUUUCCAACAUCCAUCUGCGAGGGAAAGGAUGGCGGACUGUUUCCGAUGUUUGGAUCAUGCCAAGGAUAUUACAUUUGUAAUAAUGGAAUAGCUAUUGUUGGAACCUGCGAUGAAAAAAACCGAUUUAACCCAACUACUUUACAAUGCGAUGAUGCCCGUAAGGUACACUGUCCCUAUGAAAUGCUAGACGAUGGCGAUCAGGAUGACAUAGAUGACAUGGAUGAUAUGGAUGACAUUGAAAGUGAUUUGUCGGAAUUAGAAAGUGAUGAAAUGGAGGAACCUUCAACAACGAGACGACCACCACCCACAAAACAAAAGCCGAUAGUUUCGAUAGUAAAGCCAAAUAAGGAAUUACAGAAUACGAGCUCGAUUGAAAGAUUAUGUUUAGGAAAAAAAAAUGGCGUAACUCUGGUGAAAGAGGGCUCCUGUACUGAGUACUAUGUGUGUAAAUCAAAACAUCCUCAGCUGCGUCACUGUCCGAGUCAACAACACUUUAGCCCCCACCGUCAUAUCUGCAUGAAGGUAGCCGAUGCCAAGUGUACUUUUAAUCAGGAAAGUAAUCAGGAGAUUGUAUAUCAAGAUACUCCGGCGGUAACCGCUGGUCUUUGCUCUGAGAUGAAGCAAGAUGCUUUGGUUCCACAUCGCGAGGAUUGUGGUAAAUUUUUACUUUGCAGUAACAUGAUGUUCCUGGUCAUGGAUUGUCCCGCAGGAUUGCAUUUUAAUGCCGAGGCAAAGCGUUGUGACUAUCCAAAGAUCGCUCAGUGUGAGCUGCAAAAGGAGGAAAAACAAACUAAGAAAAGUAAUAAGAAAAGUUUAAGUAAAAGAAAGCCGAAGAAAAAUACAUUGUAAUUUUGUAAUUAUGUUCACAAUAUAAACUUAAGCGCAUUCGAUGAA